GCGCGGCGUCGGCUGCGCGGGGAGAGCUGGGGCGGGGCCGGUCUCGGCUGAGCCGGGCGGGGCGACCAGGGCCGGCGGGCGGGAUGCUGCGGACGGCGCUGAGCCGCGUGCUGACAUUGAGCUGCGCGCGGCCCCGGGGGCCCGGCCUGAGGUGGCUGUGGGGGCGCGGGGCCUGCCUGGAGGCCGCAGCGAGAAGGCGGGCCUGGGGCUGGGGCUGGCGGCGCUCGAGCUCCGAGACGGGACCCGGGCUGGCGCACUACCAGCUCGUCUACACCUGCAAGGUCUGUGGGAUUAGGUCCUCCAAGCGUAUCUCUAAGCUUGCCUAUCACCAGGGUGUGGUCAUUGUGACCUGCCCUGGCUGCCAGAACCACCACAUCAUCGCCGACAACCUGGGCUGGUUCUCGGACCUGGAUGGGAAGAGGAAUAUUGAAGAAAUCCUGGCAGCCAGAGGGGAGAAGGUGUGCCGAGUGGCUGGUGAGGGGGCCCUGGAGCUUGUUUUAGAGGCUGCGGGGUCCCCCAAAUCCACCACUGCUGUGGAAGGGGCUGAGGACCAGGAUCCCACCCACCCUGGCAAGACGGAGGCCAGCUGACUCACGUGCCUUCAAGAAGGAUGCUCUGGCCCUGGGCCACUCUGGACGUGCUUGUUUUUUAUCAAUAAACAGACAUCACUUGCA